AUCGUCUCUUCUCCCCUUUCAUCAUUAAAACGUGAAAAGCACGUGAAAAUCCUCUAUUUUCCCUAAUUUUUCUUCCUUAAACGACACGAAUCGCACAGCCCCACUUCACACCAACCAUCAUUCCAUCCCAGCCUUUAGUUUACAUACAAAAAUUAUACCUAUUGAGGGUAACAGUGGGAUGAGAUUACUGUUAUGAAGACGAUGGCAGCAGCAUCUACAGCGAGUUCAAAUGGAGGGAACGUGUGGAGAGCACAUAUGGCGAUGGCCAUGGUGCAGGUGUUCAAUGGAGGUUACCAUGUUAUCACCAAAGUUGCACUUAAUGUGGGCGUGAAUCAGCUUGUUUUCUGUGUCUUCCGCGACCUCCUUGCGCUCUCGAUUCUCGCUCCUGCUGCGUAUGUACGCGAAAAUCCGUGUUGAGCUCGGACAACUGAGAUAGGGGUGGCGGAUUUCACUCUUACAAUCAAGUUAGUUAUGUUUCCAAGGAGAAUAUGAAAUAAUUUCAAAGGCUAAGACCACCUCUGAAUAGACGCCUUGUUAUAUCAUUCUUCUUUCUUGGUUUAACUGGGAUUUUUGGAAACCAACUUUUGUUUCUCAUUGGUCUGGGCUACACAAAUCCAAGUUAUGCUGCAGCCAUUCAGCCUGCUAUUCCAGUCUUUACAUUUGUAUUAGCUGUGAUAAUGGGUACAGAAACAGUGAAUUUGCGAAGAACUGAAGGUCAAGCUAAGUUAGGAGGUACUAUUGUGUGUAUUUGUGGUGCCAUUUUAAUGGCUAUGUUCCGUGGUCCUGCUGCGUUUGGAUAUAAGGAAUCAGAAUUUGCAGCUCAAAUUGAAAUAAGUGCCAAGGGUCAGCCUGAGCCUGUUGGAUGGUUAUUGUCUAGUUUUCUGGAAUUAGGGAUUGAUAAUUGGAACCUUGGUGUUUUAUGCUUAAUUGGGAAUUGCAUGUGCAUGGCAGCUUAUCUAGCCAUUCAGGCUCCAGUUCUAGUCCAAUAUCCUGCAAGCAUAUCAGUGACAGCAUAUUCAUACUUCUUUGGUGUAUUCUUUAUGGUGGUAACUGCAUUCUUUAUGACGAAUGAGUCCACUGACUGGAAUUUGACACAAUCUGAGGCUUUUGCUGUGUCCUAUGCUGGAAUUGUAGCAUCUGCUCUGAACUAUGGGCUUUUGACAUGGUCAAAUAAGAUUCUUGGCCCUGCCUUGGUUGCUUUGUAUAUGCCGCUUCAACCUGCUUUGUCCGCAUUCCUAUCAAGAAUUUUCCUUGGAAGCCCUAUUUAUUUGGGAAGCAUUUUGGGAGGACUUCUAAUUAUAUCUGGACUGUAUUUGGUCACUUGGGCAUCCAAUAGAGAGAAACAGGCAGCUGGAAUUCUUCCUCACGCAACUCGGCCAUCAGAACCGUUUACUAACAAGGAUUCGUCUCUCAACAAGAUCCCAUACCAGAGAGGACACAUUUUCUCAGGUCCUUCAACUUCAAUACCAAAGAUCAUGGAUUAACUAGAUGUCGCCAGGAGGUUUUCUCUUAACUUUUAUUACAGUGACCUCAAAUCAGACUAUGAGGGGGCACCGAAUCCAGGAGAAUAGGUAGGCCUUGUUAGCGGCACAUCAUCUGGAAUGGAUUCAAUCAACGGAUUCCCCUUGCUCAUAUUAGAAAUUCUUACUUCACGGGAUAUUUUGACUCAAAUUUAUGUAAGAACUAUUCGUGUUAUAUCAAGGCCUUGAAGUUUAUAAUCUCUCUUCCAAUGUUUGAAAAUUCAAUGUUUUUCUUGUACC